AUGGCAGCCUCGUGCGCCCUGCCUGCCGCUGCAGGCGCUACCCUCGGAGCCACCGCGCUCACCUCUCCACGUGCAGGCGGCCAACUGCGUUCCUCUCCACGUGUCGGCUUCCCAUUGCGGCGUCGGACGGCAACCAUCGCGCUGCGCUGCUCCGCCUCUUCGUUCCGCCGCGUCUCAUCCGCCUCAUCCCUCUCCGCCUCCCCUUUCCGCCGUAUCUCCUCCGCCUCCUCCCUAUCCGCGUUGUCCUCAUCCUCCUCUCUCUCCGCAUACACAGCCUUAAGCAUCGCCCCUCUCUCCCACGCCCGCUCUCACAGACCCUUCCUCGCCUCUCCUCGCCGGAAAUUCCAGGGAGCGCGUUUGUUGACCGUACGCGCUGCGGCUAAAUCCGGCGUGACUAAUUCAAGUGGCGCGACUGAGCAAUCGCCCAAGGCGCUCCAGCGGCAAGUUUCGCUGGGCGUGUGCGACGAGAAACCGUCGCCGCAGUCGUCGCUGACCAUCGAACGGCAAGGAUCUCUCCCGGUCCCCACAGAUGAAACCGACUCCCUCCCCCCGCCGUCCGUGGCUCCCAUCUCCGUGCCCGAGCCAUUCGACGAGGGCCUCAUCGAGCCGUCGAGCCCUCGCGCCUCGGAGACUGGCGUCGACCGCAUCGAGUCGCAGGCGCGCACGACGCUCUCGAAGCUUAAGCACAUUCUUUAUAAGAUUAAGACGCGGGCCGCUGACGUUGAGACGUCGGUAACCGUCUUUCCACCUUCAGCGGGAGAUGCGGCGGGCAUUCCCGGUGUUGUUGCCGGGAAUACGGAUAGUGUAUCAGACAGUAGAGAAAACGACUUACAAUUCGAUGCCGAUGCGAAUGGCGGUAAGGUGGAGGAGGAGCAGCAAGUCUUCGUUUCGCAGCAGAUCAAACUCGACCUUGGGAGCAUCCCAGCCGUUGAUCUAGACGUUCCGAUUGACAUCGACGCAUCCUCGCCGUCGGAUGCAUCCUCGGUCCCUCUCUCUCCCUCGUCCUUCUCAGCCCAGAGCCUCUCCACCCUUUUCUCUGGUUUCUCUCCCUCCGAAAGUCCCGCCGCAUUUCCCGCAAGCGAGCAGCAGCUCGACGUGCAACAGAUGGACGCGCUGACUUGUACUCGCGCGUCAAUUCGAUUCGAUGAGGAAACGCAAACGGCGGUCGUGACUGUAACGGCGUCUGUCCGGGCCGCGGAUCUAGUGGACCGUGCCGCGUACACGGAGCGCACUAUGGCCAUGGCGACGCGCGCUAUAGCGCGUACGUGCCUCGUGUUGGACCAAAAGGCGCAGCGGAAAGCAGCAGAAGCCGUCUCGUCCGCGGCGCAGCAGCCACUGGCGCCCGCGCCAGCACAGCAGCCGACUGACUCCUCCCUAGUAGCACCGCAAAUUGCGCCGGAAAAGGCUGAGGAUCAGGUGCUGACGCAGGAGCAGAGGGAGCAGGAGAGGGAGCUAGUGGAGCUGCUAUCGACGGGCAGGAUCGUCAGCUGGAGGAUGGCCGGUCGCGAGCUCGGAUCCACGCCGUUCCGUCCGCUCUACGUGGUCAAUCUCGCGGCGGGCGACGGGGCUGACGGCGAGAAGACGGUGCAGGCGCUGUACCGGCCCGUGGUUGGCGGCGACGCGAGGCUGCGAUUCCAGCGCGCCCCGGCGGAAUGGGUCGCGUACAAGCUCUCGCGCGUGCUGGGGGUGGACGUGGUGCCGCCAGUGGCGGUGAGGCAGGGCGUGCAGCUGGGGUCGCGGCGGUUCGCGCAGGGCACCAUGACGCUGCUGCCGCACCUGCUGCACCCGCUCGCCUCCGUGCACCCUUCCCGCCUGCGCACGCCCACACAGGCACACACGGUGAUCAGCAGCAUCCGCAUCCUCGACGCCCUCAUGGGCUCCUCCCUCCGCCGCCCCUCCGGCUUCUUCGCCGCCCAGCACUGGUCCGGGGACGGCAAGCUUUCGCCCGUAGUGCUCUCGCACCCCAUGGGCCCCUCGCUUGGCGCCGGCCUGCACGCCAUGUGGUCCAAGCGCGGCACAGGAGCGGGCGGCAGACUGAAGACGGUGGCAGGGUUUGUUCUUACGCGCCUGAGGAGAAUGAACCGCGCGCAGCUGUUGGAGGAGAUGGGCGGCCCACUGACGGCGGGGGAGAUGGAGAGGGUGCUGGACAAGAGGGACCAGAUGGUGGGGUACUUUGAUGCACUCGCUGCUAAGAUGGGCCACCAGGCAGUCAUCAGGGCUCCCUCGGGUUUGCGCCACGUGGACCUCCUGGUCAUGUGCCACCUGGCAUGCCGUUUCCACGUGGGAUGGGCUCGCCUGGGCCGCGGUUUCCCGGUCCGUUGCAUCCCCCCCAUCCGCCGCAUUCUCCUUUUUCUCCGCAACAAUCCGCCCAUGGUGCUUAUGCAAGACCCCCUCCGCCCUACGGGGGAGGCCCGCCGCAGAACCCGCACGGGGGCUUUCCGCCAGGCCCGCCCGAAGGAGUUCCGCCAGGCGGAGGGGCGCCCCCUUGGGGAGCCGCCGCCGCAGCAGCAACAAUCGCCGCAGCAGCCAGCGCGCGCGGUGCCGGGCGUGUGGCACGUGACGGCAGUCACGGACGGCGCGCCACCCCCCGCGGCAGGGAUGCGCGCGCAGGGACCGGGGAUGCCGCCGGGGCCUCACCACCCGCCGUACCCCGCGCAGGGGAUGGCGCAUGGGCCAGCAGCGCCCCAUGCGCCGCAGUACCCCGCGCUUCCGGGGUCCGCCCCUCCCCACCUCCUGCCUCACGCUCCCCCUUCCGCUUUUGCGCCUCCUCCGGCUUUUGCGCCUCCCGUUCCCCUCGGCGCCCCCCCGGCUCCAGUUUCCGCCCAGCAGGGGUUUCAUCCGGGGGGAGCGCCGCCGUUGCUCACUCCCGGCCCCCCUCCUCCACCGCUCCCCGCGGGAGCAGCAGCGGCGGGAGGAGUAGCCGGGGAAAUAUCAAACGGUGUGCCCCCAGCAGCAGCGCCAGCAGCAGCGGCAGCAGCAGAGGCGCAAGCGCCCAACCCUCCGCUCGCGCCGCAGCCCCCCCUUCCCCCCGCGUGGCUGCAGGCGGCCGCCGCCAUGGCGGCUGUCAUCUCCGGCGGCGGCCCCCCGCUCCCCGCGGGGGAGGAGCUCCCGUGGGAGAAGGGCGGAAAGAAGGGCGCGGGGAAGGGCGCAGGCGGAGGGGUGAAAGGGGGGAAGAAAUCGAGGUGGGACCGGGAGGCGCAGGGGAAAGGGGAGGAGAAGGUGGAGGAAAGGGAGGAGGAGAAGGAGAAAGGGAAGGAAGGAGGGGGAGCGGAAGAAGGUGGUGGAGACAAGGAGGGGGGAGAGGUGGAUGAGAAGGGAGGAGCGGGGAAGCAAGGGGAGGGGACUGAGGACGCAACCAAGGAGAAAGAGGGGGAGGGAAAGGAGGUAAAGGAGGGGAAGGAGAUAAAGGAGGGGAAGGAAGAGAAGAAGGAGGAGCAGGCGGAGGAGGGAGUGGAGGCAUGGACGGCGCACAAGACGGAGGAGGGCACGGUGUAUUACUACAACACUGUCACUGGCCGCUCCACCUACCACAAACCCAAAGGCUUCAAACUCCAGGAGGACAAGGUGGAGAAGCAGCCCACUCCCGUCGCAUGGGAGCGAGUGCAGGGCACGGACUGGGCGCUGGUGUCGACGAGUGAUGGCAAGAAGUACUUUUACAACACCGUCACGCAGGACACGAGCUGGCAGGUGCCCGGGGAGGUGCAGGAGGUGCGGAAGCGGCACGAGGCGGAGGAGGAGGAGCGGGCGCGCGCCGCCAGCAAGCUCUCCUUCUCGCUGGCGGGGCGGGGGGGCGCGGGGGCGGCGGGCAAGGCGGGCGCAGCAGCAGGGGGCAAGGCGACGGCGCUUGAGGUGGUCAAGAAGAAGCUGCAGGACGCCGACAAGGAGAUGAAGGCGGGCGCAGCAGCAGCAGCUGCUGUCGUGGCUGCUCCGACUGCUGCUGCUGCUGCGACGACCAAGCCUGGAAAGAGCAGUGCAGGAGCACAGGGUGGGGAUGGGAAGGAGGUCAACGGAGUCAACGGAGUCAAGGGAGUCAAUGGGGAGAAGGAGGGCGAAGAAGGCAAGCAGGAGGGAGAGGAUGGUGGAGGGGAGAGGGAAGACGGUGGAGAGGUGGCACAGGGGAAGGAGGGCGGGGAAAAGGGCGGCGGGGAGAAGCAGGGUGAGGAGAAGGAGGGUGAGGAGAAGGGGAGUGAGGAGAAGGGCGGGGCGGAGGUUCCGUUGGAAGAGCUGAGUCUGGAAGAAAGGGCGAUGAAGUUCCGUGAGAUGUUGAAGGAGAAGGGAGUGGCGCCAUUCUCCAAGUGGGAGAAGGAGCUGCCCAAACUCAUCUUCGAUGCGCGCUACAAGGCCAUCCCCUCGCUGCCAGAGCGGCGGGCCAUAUUUGAGGAGUUUGUGCGCACGCGGGCGACAGCGGAGCGCAAGGAGAAGCGGUGGGCACACAAGGCGGCUGUGGAGGCGUUUAAAGCCCUGCUGGACGACAUGGAGGAGAGCGGGGACCUGACACACGAGUCAACGGUGGAAACGCUGCACGGCGAUGCCAAGUGGGGCUCGGACCCGCGCCUGCUGGCUGCAGCGCUGGAGGACAAGGACCGCCUCGCACUUCUCAAUGAGCGGGUGGUGCCGCUGAAGAGGUUGGAGGAGGAGAGGCAGCAGGAGCGCAAGGAGGCGGCAGAAGAAGCAUUUGUGGAGAUGCUGAAAGAGUACCGCGGCAAGCGCUACAUCGCCCUCUCCUCCCGCUGGUCCAAGCUGCGGGAGGAGUUGAAGGAGGAUGAGCGGUACAGUGCGGUGGAGCACUGGGAGGACCGCGAGCGGCUGUUUGAUGCAUUCAUGGACACACUGCAGCGCGAGGAGGAGGAGAAGGAGAGGGAGGCGCGCAGGCGGUGGGAGGAGGAGGAGCGGAAGCGCGAGCAGGAGCGAGAGGAGAAGAGGCUGCGGCAGCGGGAGGAGGAGAAGAAGGAGCGGGAGCGGGCGCGCGUGCGGCGCCGGGAGGCCAAGGAGGACUUUGAGGACCUGCUGAGGCGCGAGAUACAGACGCCCAAUGUAGGGGGGAGGGGGAAGGGAGGGGGGAAGGGAGGAGGGAGGGAAAGGAGGGGGAAUGGGGGGAGAGAGGGAGGAAAGGUGGGGUUGGUGGGGGAAGGGAUGAUUCUAAGCAUUCUGCAUGAAGCAAUCGACUUGUUGCGCUUUCGCAUGCGUGUGCGUGUGCUGUUCCCUUGCUCCCGCCCGCCCCCUGGUUGCCUUGUCGCCUCCAUGCUCAUUGCUCACUGCUGCUCCCCCCCUCCCUCGCCCGCCCGCCCGCCCCCUGGGUGGUGGCAGAUAUCGUGGAUUGAUGCGCGGGAGAAGCUGGAGGAGGACGAGGCGUCGUGCUAUUGGAGCAAGGAGCUCACCAGCCGCGACCGCCAGGACCUCUUCUACGAGCACAUGGCCCGCCUCAUCAAGGUCGCACCAUGCACGGGCCUUCGCCUUCAAAAUGCAUCACCGGGAUCCCUGCCCUUCCUUCUUUCGUCUCUUCUCCUCCCCACCUCCUCUCUGCCCGCAUCCCCCUUCGUUUCCCCACGCCCCUCCUAUCCACCCUAUCCCCGCCCAUUCCCUUCAUCUCCCUCAUCCCCCUUCGUUCCCUCUGUUCGCCCUUCCUUUCCCUCCCCCCAACAGCGCGUGCAAAGGGAGUUCCGCGAGCUGCUAGAGGAGGAGCUCUCACGCGUGCAGAGGGAGUUCCGCGAGCUACUGGAGGAGGAGCUGUCAGUGGCCGCCAUCUCCGAGGCUCGUGAGGACGGGCUCCGCCUCGCCUCCUCCUGGCCCGAUGCUAAGUCCGUGCUUCGGCACCAGGACCGGUACCGCGACCUGGUCCGGCACGAGCGGGAGGAGCUGUGGCGCGAGCAUGUGAGGAGCCUGGAGGGGGAGUUGAGGGAGGCUGGGGUGAUCGAUGACGAGGGGCAGGAGGUGGAUGUUGCUGCUGUGAAGAGGGAUCGGAGGCGGAGGAGGAGGAGGAGGGAGAGGGAAGAGGAGGAUGAUGAGGAGGAGGAGAAGAGAGGAGGAGGUGGGGAGAAGGGAGAGGAUAAGGAGGAGAGGGGAGAAGGGAGAGCGUUGGGAGAGGGUGGAGGGGAGGGGGAGGGAGAGGAGGAGAGGAGGGAGGAGGGUGAGAAGAAGGCGGAUGAAGAAGGGGAGAAAGAGGGGAAAGGGGUGGGUGAAAAAGAGAGGGAGGAGGCGGAGAGAGAGGAAAGGGAUGGCGUGGAGGUGGAAGAGGUAGAUAAGGACGAGGAUGAGGAGAGGGAGAAGGAAGAGAAGGAGAACGAAGAGGAGAAGGUAGAGGAGGAGAAGGAAGAGAAGGAAGAGAAUGUUGAGAGAAAGAGUGAACUGGGCAGCAAUGCAGUGGGGGCCGAAGGAGAGGCUCUGGCGGAGCAUGGAGUGGGGAGGCAAAGAGUGGAGCGCGGAGAGGAUGAGGGGGGGAGCGGUUGGGGAGAUAUGAACAAGGAAGGGAGCGAGAGGGAGAAGUGGGAGGAUGAUUUGAGGGGCGAGGACGGGGAGACAGGCGGGGGGAUGGCUGUGGAUCUGGGGAAAGAGACGGAUAGGGAGGGAGAACAAGGAGAGGACGAAGAGGAGGAGAAGAGCAAGAGGUCUGAGGAGAGGGAAAAGGAGAGGAGAGGGAAGAAGAGGGGUGAAGAUGGGGACGAGAAGGAAGAUGACGAGGAGGGGUGGGAUAAGGAGCACACGCACAAGCACAGACACAGGGAGAAGCGAGAGGAAAGACGUGCGGAAAAGGAGAGGGAAAAAGAGAAGGAGAGGGAGAGGGAGAAGGAGAGGAAGAAGGAGAAGGAGAGGGAGAAGGAGAGGGAGAAGGAGAGGAAGAAGGAGAAGGAGAGGGAGAAGGAGAGGGAGAAGGAGAGGGAGAAGGAGAGGAAGAAAGAGAAGGAGAGAGAGAAAGAAAGGAAGAUAGAAAGGGAGAAGGAGAGAGAGAGGGAGAAGGAAAAGGAGAGGGAGAGGGAGAGGGAGAGGGAGAGGGAGAAGGAGGAGAGGGAGAGGAGGGAGAAGGAGAGGGAGAGGGAGAGGGAGAGGGAGAAGGAGAGGGAGAGGGAGAGGGAAAAGGAGAGGGAGAAGGAGAGGGAGAGGGAGAGGGAAAAAGAGAGGGAGAAGGAAAGGAAGAGGGAGAAGGAGAGGGAGAGGGAGGAGAAAGAGAAGAAGAAGAGGGAUAAAGGACGUGAUGAAGAGAGGGAUGAAAAACGCCGGCACCGGAGGAGGGAGGGUAGCGAGGAGAGUGCAAGGGAGGAGGAAGAGGAGAAGGAUGAAGGGGAGGAGACGGAUGAGAAGGCGAAAUGGGGAAGGCGACACGGGCAUGAGCACAAGCAUAGGCGUGAGGGGCGUGGGAGAGGGGAGGAGGAGGAGGAUGAAGGGAAGAAGGAGAAGAGGCGUGAGAGGGAGAAGAAACGAGAACGGCGAAGAGGGCAUGAAUCUGACGAGGAAAGGGAGGAGGGGAAGAGGACGAAGCGAAGUGGUAAGGAUGGUGAGAGGGAGGAGGGGGGAGAAAGCGAGGGAGGGAAAAGGAAGGAGAGGGAGGGGAGGGAUGAGAAGAAGAAGGGAAGGGAGAGGAGGCAGAGUAGUGAUGAGGACGAGGAGCUUGGUGAAGGGAAGGAGGAGAGGAAGGAGAGGUACAGAGGUGACGUGAAGGAGGGUCAUGGGAGGCGGAAGAGGGAACGGGAUGAUUCGGAUAGAGACAGUGCUGAUGAUGGCAGCGUGGAGAGGGCGAGGAGAAAGGGAGGUAGGGAAACGAGGAGGAAGGAUGAGAAGAGGGAUAGGCGAGAAGGAAACGAGAGGGAUGAUUCUGACGAUGACAGGAAGAGAGGACUGAGGGAGGAGAGUGAUGGGGACAGCGACGGUGGAGCGAAGAGCAGGGGUAAAGGAAAGCAGAGGGAUCGGGAUAGGGGCGACAGGGACAGCGGUAGGGCCGCACGGCACGGCGAUCGGAGAGACGACGAGUGGAAGAAGGGUAAGCGGAUGGAGAAAGGGCGAGGAGGCGUGUCCGAUGAUGAUGAGAGUGAUGGAGAGAAGAGGGGGAAGAAUCGGGAGGAGGAGAGGAGAGGCAAACACAGGUAUGUGAGGGAUGGCAGUGGAGGUGAGGAGGAAGAGUCUCGAAACACAGGGAAGGGGGUGAAGACUCCAGAGAAGAAGGGAAGGAAGGAGAAAGGGAGAGAAGAAAGCGGAGGGGAUGAGAAGAGGAAGCGUAGGGAGGAAGGAUCCGAUUCUAGUGGAGACUCAGAAAGGGGGAGUGGUGGUGGUGUGAGAGGCGGAAGUGGGAGGUCGAGGGGAGAUGGCAGAGUGAGUGCGGAGGAGGAGGAUGAAGACGAUAGGAGGAUGAAGGAGAGACGGAGAAGGAAUGCGGAAGGAAAGGGACGGAAGAGAGGGAGGGUUGAAAGCCAGUCUGAUGAUAGCGAUGAGGAGAGGAGGAGGAAAGGCAGGAAGGAAGAAAGUGACAAGGAGAGAGAGACGCCGAAGGCGAGAGGAAGGGAGGAGGAAGGAGAGUCGGAAAAGGAAAGGGCUACUGCUCUCCGCUAUGGGCCUGCUGCUCUCCGCUAUGGGCCUGAUACCCCUGAGAGCUCCCGUGGUGCUGCAAUGAGCGAUAGAGAGGAGAGGAAGAGUGAUGUGGAAGGGAGAAUGAGCGAUGAGGCAAGAGGCAAGAGAGAAAGGAGUCCGAGCAGUGAAAGGAGUGAGGAGUCGGAGGGGGCGGUUGCAGUGAGAAGGGCGAGUGAGGAGAGGCGAGGGAAGGAGAUUAUUGAGGAUGCGAGUGAGGGACGAGAUACUUCGAAGAAGAGGGAUGAGAGUGAGAGUAGGAGCGGGGGGGAGGAGAGCGGCCGAGAGGAGCAGGAGAAGAGGAGGUUGAUGAAGGAGCGUGAGGAGAGCGAGCAGCGUGUUAGGGAGAAGGAGACGUCAGCUGGGAGCAGCAGUGAGGGCGACGAGGGAAGGAGCGCGAGGAGGAGUGGGGACAGGCGUGUGGAGAGGGGGCGAGGCGGAAGGAAGGGAGGGAGGGAUGUGAAGGGAGAACGGGAGAGGAGCAGGAGCAGCAGCAGGGGCAGAAGCAGGAGCAGGAGCAGGAGCAAGGGCAGAAGCAGGAGCAGGAGCAGGAGCAACGAGAGAAAAAGCAGGAGGAAGAGAGAUAGAGAUGAGGAGGAGGAGGAGGAGGAGGAGAGUUCAAAGAAGCAUGAGAAGAAGCGGGAGGGCAGGGGCAGUGAGAAGAAGAAACGGGGCAGCCACUCGGGAGAGAAGGCGAGGCGGAAAGUGAAGGAGGAGAGUGGAAGCGAGAGGAGCGGGCGUGUGGAGAGUGAGAGGGACGGCAGUGAUGGGGAUGAGGGGAAGGAGGUGAGCAGGAGGUCUGAUAGGAAGGGCAGCAGCAGGAGGCAUGAGAGGCAGUCUCGUGGGAGGUAUGAGAAGGAGAGAGGUGAGAGGGAAGGGAGUGUUGGCAGCAGUGAUGGCAGCAGGGGGAGUGGAAGAGAGAGGUAUGAGGAAAGGAGCAGAGGUAAGGCUGGUUCUAGUAAGCGGGGACGUGAGAGGGGCAAAGAGAAGAAGGGAAGUGAGAGUGAGAGUGACGGGGAUAGGCGCAGGGAGAGGGAGAAGCGAAGAUACAGUGGGGGUAAGGGCAGGCGUGGGAGUGAUAAGAGUGAUAGCGAAUCAGACAGGAGAAGUGGAGGGAAAGAGGGAAGGGAGAAGAGGACUGGAGGAGGGAGGAGGAGGCAUGAGGAGAGGGAGAGGGACAGGAAGAGCAGUGGUAGGGGUAAGAGAGGCGUGGAGAGGAGUGAUAGUGAACAGCGCAGUGCGAGUGAGAGCGGAAGUGAUGGGCGGGAGCGGGAGAGGAGCAAAGAUAGGAAGGGAAGUGAGAGUGAGAGUGACGGGGAUAGGCGCAGGGAGAGGGAGAAGCGCAGGCACAGUGGGAGGAAGAACAAGCGGGAGAGUGAUCAGAGUGAUAGCGAAUCAGAGAGGAGAAGUGGAAGGAAAGAGCGAAGGGAGAGGAGGAGCGGAGGAGGUAAGGGGAGGCAUCAGGAGAGGGAGAGGGACGGGAAGAGCCGUGGGAGUGGCAGGAGGGCCAGGGAGAGGGACAGUGAUAGUGAACGGCGCAGUGUGAGUGAGAGUGGGAGUGAGUGA